CCAGAAAUUCUUUGAAUUAGACAUCCACAAAAUUCUGCAUCCUAGCCAGACUCGCUGGUUGUCGCUGGCUGCUGUUGUUAGUAGAAUUCUGGAGAACUGGGAGGCUUUGAGGCUCUUCUUUAUUGAUCAAUCCCUGACUGCUCGUCUAAAGGCAGCGGACAAUAUUGUCAGCCACAUGAGAAAUCCUUCCAUCAAGUCCUAUUUCCUCUUCCUCAAUUGGGUACUUCCCAAGGUUACUGGGUUAAAUGAGUACUUUCAAUCUGAGAAACCAACUAUCACUAUAAUCCACAGUAAGAUGGUUCAAGCGUACCAGGAAUUUCUCUUGAUGUACAUGCAAAGAGAAUUCGUCAUGCGCACCCCACUGCAUCUCAUCAACCCGGCGGACGCCUCCAGAUACAUCCCCACCAGCAAUAUGUACCUGGGCGUCGACGUCAGCGAGUACUUGCAGAGUCCAGCCGUUGCAGGGAAUCCACAGAUGGUACAGGACAUCCUGGUACGCGCUCAGAUGUUCCUGGUGACCCUGUGCACUAAAAUAAAGGAAAAGUACGACUUCAACGACCCUAUCCUGAGCAGAAUGCGUGUGCUGAACCCCGAGGCUGCUCUAUCUCACAGGGAAAGGGACACAACUCCGAGCAUAGCGACAUUGUGCUUUCUCUUACCUCGCUGCGUCUCCAGGGACCAGGUGCAGGCUGUAGACGACGAGUGGCGGCGGCUCCCUCUCCUAGCCCAAGACCUCCCCGACGUGGUGAAGUCUAUCCAA